UUUGGAGAAGCAGAGAGAGGAGAGCGAGGGCAGAGCCGGCACUCACUGAUCCUCCGGCUCCAGCAGGAUGAGAGCGGCGGAGCUCCUGCUGCUGUGUCUGCCAGCGCUCCUGGUGCAGGGCCAGUACAGCCGCUUCGAGGGCAUCACCUACCCCGAGCCAGUCCAGUACUCCCAGUAUGACCAGCAGGCUGAAAUUCAGGAUUAUUACGAUUACCACGAUGUCACCCCCCGAGUCCCCGAGGAGCAAUUCCGGUACCAAUCCCAGCAGCAAUCCCAGCAGGAAACCGUGCCAGCCCCGACCCCAGCCGCGGUGCCCGAGACGGAGCCCACGGAGCCGGGACCGCUCGACUGCCGGGAGGAGCAGUACCCCUGCACCCGGCUCUACUCGGUGCACAAGCCCUGCAAGCAGUGCCUGAACGAGAUCUGCUUCUACAGCCUCCGCCGGGUUUAUGUCAUCAACAAGGAGAUUUGCGUCCGCACCGUGUGCGCCCACGAGGAGCUGCUGAGAGCCGACCUGUGCCGGGACAAGUUCUCCAAGUGCGGGGUGAUGGCCACGAGCGGAUUGUGCCAGAGCGUGGGAGCCUCCUGCGCCCGCAGCUGCGGCGGCUGCUGAGCCCCGGCCCCGCUCCGGAGCUCCCGGGAAUCACCGAGCAGCUCCCCGAAAUCCCGGGAAUUCUCCCUCUCUCUCUCUCUCUCUCUCUGGGUUUUUU